CUCCAUGGGGAAGAGCCUGGAUUCUUACUUCAUUGCUGGACUUCAAAUAUAACCACUCUGUAACUCUCCGCGAGGUUUUCAGACUCUUCAAUGGCUUUUCCCACUACACAACCGCUCGUCACCUCUCCAUUUCCUCCCCAUCCUGACCCCGCCGCAGCAGCGUCCACUGGCCUCCGCAAUCGUCAACUCCUCUCGACUAUCUCCUCCGCCUCCUCUGUCGAUCAACUCAAACAAAUCCACGCCCAUAUCCUCCGCUUAGGUGUCGACCAUUCCAAUUCCCUUCUUUCCAAGCUCGCCCUUUCCUCUCUCGAUUACGCUAUCUCUCCCUCCCUUCACUACGCUAUCUCUGUGUUUGGACAAAUACCCAAUCCGAAUCCUCGCAUCACCAACAGGUUCCUGCGGGAUUUGUCACGGAGCAAUCAGCCGCUGAAGACACUCUCGGUGUAUGGUAUAUUGAGGAGAAAAGGAUUAACUUUGGACAGGUUUAGCUUCCCUCCAUUGUUGAAAGCCUCUUCCAAAUCUUUGACCUUUAAAAUUGGAAUUGAGAUUCAUGGUUUAUCCGUCAAACUGGGUUUUGAUGGGGAUCCCUUUGUGCAGACUGCUUUGGUUGCGAUGUAUGCUGCUUGUGGCAGGAUUUUGGUUGCCCGGAGUGUGUUCGACAGAAUGUCUCAUAGAGAUGUUGUUACGUGGAGUACUAUGAUUGAUGGAUAUUGUCAGAGUGCGCUUUUUGGUGAUGCAUUGGCGCUAUAUGAAGAUAUAAAGUGCUCCAACAUAGAACCAGAUGGUAUGAUUCUUUCCAGCAUUCUUUCAGCUUGUGGUCGAUCUGGGAACUUAACUUGUGGAAAGGAAAUCCAUGAGUUCAUAACCAUGAACAAUAUGAUUGAUGAUCAUCACUUGCAGAGUGCUUUGAUCACCAUGUAUUCAAACUGUGGAUCCAUGGAAGAUGCACAAAAUGUGUAUCAACAGUUAAAAAAGAAAAACAUUGUAGUUUCAACCGCCAUGAUAUCCGGUUACUCAAAACUAGGAAAAGUCGAAGCUGCUCGUUCAAUUUUUAAUCAAAUCGAAGUAAAAGACUUAGUCUGUUGGAGUGCAAUGAUCUCUGGCUACGCAGAGAGCAAUCAGCCUCAAGAAGCUCUAGGUUUGUUCAAAGAGAUGCAGAAAUCGGGCACAGUACCCGAUCAAGUGACGAUGUUGAGUGUUAUAUCGGCCUGUGCAAAUCUCGGUGCUCUAGAUGUAGCCAAAUCGAUCCAUAUCCAUGUUGAUAGAAGUGGAUUUGGUGCAGCCUUGCCUAUUAACAAUGCUCUUAUCGAUAUGUACGCCAAAUGUGGGGAUUUGGAAAGAGCUAUAACGGUUUUCAACAGGAUGGGGAGGAAAAAUGUAAUAUCUUGGACCACAACGAUAAAUUCCUUUGCCAUUCAUGGCGAUGCCAGUAAUGCAUUGAAUCUCUUCCACCAGAUGAAGGCAGAAGGUUAUAUACAGCCAAACGGGGCUACAUUCGUCAGUGUCCUUUAUGCUUGUAGCCAUGCAGGAUUAGUCGAGGAAGGAAGGAGAAUAUUUGCUCUAAUGAAAGAUGAACAUAAAAUCAUUCCCAAACAUGAGCAUUAUGGAUGUAUGGUAGAUCUCUUUGGCCGUUCUAAACUAAUUAGAGAAGCUCUAGAGGUUGUGGAGAUGAUGCCUCUACCACCUAAUGUCGUCAUUUGGGGGUCGCUUAUGGCGGCUUGUCGGGUUCAUGGCGAGCUUGAACUAGGAGAAUUUGCAGCCAAACGGGUCCUUGAGCUGGAACCUAAUCACGACGGUGCUCAUGUCUUCCUAUCGAACGUAUACGCUAAAGAGAAGAGAUGGGAAGACGUUGGGCAGCUGAGGAUGUUGAUGAAGAAUAAAGGCAUCUUAAAGGACCGGGCAGUUAGUAGGAUUGAAUUGAGAAACGAGAUACACGAAUUUCUGAUGGCGGAUAGGAAUCACAAACAGGCGAAAGAGAUCUAUGCGAAACUAGAUGAGGUGGUUGCUGAGUUGAAGCUCGUCGGCUAUACGCCCAAUGCGUGUGAUGUUUUGGUUGAUGUUGAUGAAGAAGAGAAGGUGGAAAUGGUUUUACGGCACAGUGAAAAACUAGCGCUUUGUUACGGACUGAUUGGUGGGACUAAAGGCGGCUCUUGCAUUCGCAUAGUCAAGAAUCUCAGAAUCUGCGAGGAUUGCCACACUUUUAUGAAGUAUGUUUCGAAUGUGUAUAGGAUGAACAUCAUUGUUAGAGACAGGACUAGGUUUCAUCACUAUAAAAAUGGCUCAUGCUCCUGUAAAGAUCAUUGGUAGCCUCCUCCAGAGAAUACGAUUGAAUGGUUACUGACUAUUAUAAAAUACAUCUACUGUAGAAUUACAUCAAGAACAACAUUCUCUUCUGUUAUGAAUAUCAAUGUGUUUCUUUCUAUUGA